CAUGCUCACAGAGGCGUUAGGCCUUUUAGAAACAUUUCCACCAUGUCUGACAUUCAAGAAGCUACCAACCAACUCCUGGAUAUGAACCUUCAUGAGGAGAGCGAGAAGCCUGUGCCUGCAAUGGAAGGUGGCAUCAGAAGUGAGUCUGAGCAUCUCCAGGUCACUAUUGGAGCCACUGUACCCACUGGCUUUGAGCCAACUGCUGCAGAUGAAGUGAGAGAGAAAUUGAAGUCACCAUGCAGAAUCAGCAAAGACCAGGGCAAAAUAUAUUUUGACAUUGCAGUGGAAAGUCUGGCUCAGGUUCAUUGUCUGAGAUCCGUUGAUAACUUGUUUGUGGUUGUUCAGGAAUUUAAAGAUUACCAGUUCAAAAAUACAAAGGAAGAAGUUCUAAAGGACUUUGAAGAAUUGGCUGGAAAGCUCCCAUGGUCUGACCCUUUAAAAGUCUGGCAAAUUAACACCAGUUACAAGAAGAAGAAAUUAAAGCGCAGAAAGGCAAGUCAGAGUGCAGGUCAAGAGAAGACCAAUUGUGGACAAGGUGACAAAGCAGAAGAGACAGGUGGUAAGAAGCUUUCCAGAAGCACUUCUGAAUCCCAUAUCUUGGACUAUUAUGAAAAUCCAGCCAUCAAAGAAGAAAUAUCAACCUUGGUGGGAGAUGUCUUGGCCUCUUGCAAAGAUGAGAUUGGUGAAUGCUUAAGAGAAGAAACUGAGCCUCAAGUACAAAAGUUUAGAGUCACCUGCAACAGAGCAGGAGAGAAACAUUUCUUUACCUCAAAUGAGGCUGCAAGGGAUUUGGGGGGUUCUGUUCAAGAGUAUUGUAAGUGGAAAACUGAUAUGACCAACUUCGAUGUAGAGGUUCUCCUGAACAUCCAUGAUAAUGAAGUCAUUGUUGGCAUUGCAUUGACAGAGGAGAGUCUCCAUCGCAGAAAUAUUACACAUUUUGGACCAACAACUCUUAGGUCAACUCUUGCCUAUGGGAUGCUCAGGUUCUUUGAACCUAAACCUACUGAUGUAAUAGUGGAUCCAAUGUGUGGAACAGGGGCAAUACCAAUAGAGGGUGCUACUGAGUGGUCUCACUGUUAACAUGUUGCUGGGGACAACAACCCACUGGCAGUGAACAGAGCAGCAAAUAAUAUCUCAUCUCUAUUGACUAAGAGACAGAUUAAAGACGGAAAAACAUCCUGGGGUUUGCCCAUUGAUGCUGUGCAAUGGGAUAUAUGCAACCUCCCACUGAGAACUGCUUCUGUGGAUAUUAUUGUAACAGAUAUGCCAUUUGGAAAAAGGAUGGGCUCCAAGAAGAGAAAUUGGAAUCUAUAUCCAGCUUGCCUUCGGGAAAUGAGCCGUGUCUGUAGACCAGGGACAGGCAGAGCUGUACUGCUUACUCAGGACAAGAAAUGUUUUACCAAGGCAUUAUCUGGAAUGGGACAUUUGUGGCGAAAGGUCCGUAUGGUCUGGGUGAAUAUCGGGGGCCUUCAUGCUGCAGUUUAUCUUCUAAAACGCACACCUCAAGUCUUUAUUCAUCCUUCAGAACAAGAUGGAGAAAGACACCCUCCUUGGUAAAAGGAAAAAAUGAAGAGGACUGUAGUAUUUAAAGUUCCUAAUGCUGGACAUGCAGCAUAAAGGACUUCCUUUGAAAAAAAAAUAACAGAAAA